CGGGCGCGCAGAGCCGCGGAGGGUCCGCGCCGCGCCAUGCGCGAUUACGAGGGGGCCACCGCCUUCCUGGGCGAAUGGGGCCGCUUCCAGCGCCUCGUCUUCUUCCUGCUCAGCGCCAGCACCAUUCCCAAUGGCUUCAACGGGAUGUCGGCCGUGUUCCUGGCCGGCACCCCCGAGCACCGGUGCGCCGUGCCCAGCGGGGCCAACCUGAGCGAGGAGUGGCUGAACGCCAGCAUCCCGCUGGAGCUGCGGGGCGGGCAGGCGGUGCCGAGCCGCUGCCGCCGCUACCGCCUGGCCGCGCUGGUCAACUUGUCUGCGCUGGGGCUGCGGCCCGGCUCCGACGUGGAGCUGGAGUCGCUGGAGCAGGAGCCGUGCCGGGACGGCUGGGAGUACAGCCGCGACGUCUACCGCUCCACCAUCGUCACCGAGUGGAACCUGGUGUGUGAGGAUGACUGGAAAGCCCCGCUUACCACCUCUCUCUUCUUCGUGGGCGUCCUCAUCGGCUCCUUCAUCUCAGGGCAGAUCUCAGACAGGUUUGGCAGGAAGAACGUCCUUUUUUUGACCAUGGCCAUGCAGACUGCCUUCAGCUUCCUGCAGAUCUUCUCCACCAGCUGGGAAAUGUUCACAGUGCUCUUUCUCAUAGUGGGGAUGGGACAGAUCUCGAACUACGUGGUGGCCUUCAUACUGGGAACAGAAAUUCUUGGCAAAUCAGUUCGUAUUAUAUUCUCUACAUUAGGAAUUUGCAUAUUUUUUGCAAUUGGCUACAUGUUGCUGCCACUGUUUGCUUACUUCAUCAGAGACUGGCGGAUGCUGCUGCUGGCGCUCACGGUCCCGGGGCUGUUCUGCAUCCCGCUCUGGUGGAUCAUUCCUGAAUCCCCUCGGUGGCUGAUCUCCCAGGGAAGAUAUAAGGAGGCAGAAGUUAUUAUCCGAAAGGCUGCAAAAAUGAAUGGUGUUCCAGCUCCAGAAGUGCUUUUCGACACCACAGAGAUGCAGGAUUGGAAGCCUCAGCAGCAGCAGAAGGCUAUCCUUCUGGACCUAUUUCGAACCCGAAACAUUGCAACUAUUACUAUUAUAUCAUUACUUUUGUGGUUCUUCACAUCAGUUGGUUACUUUGGCCUGUCCCUGAGCACUCCAAACUGGCAUGGAAGUGCCUACAUCAACUGUUUCCUCUCGGCUGUGAUUGAAGUACCAGCUUAUGUGAUUGCCUGGCUCCUCCUCCGCUGCCUCCCCCGGCGCUACUCCUUAGCUGGCAUCUUCUUUUUAGGGGGAGGUGUUGUCCUCUUCAUUCAGCUGGUUCCUGCAGAUCUUAAUGUCCUGUCUGUGGGCCUGGUGAUGCUUGGGAAAUUUGGCAUCACAGCUGCGUUUUCAAUGCUUUAUGUCUACAAUGUGGAGCUGUACCCAACGCUAGUGCGAAACAUGGCAGUCGGAGCUACUUCCACUGCUUCCAGGCUGGGCAGCAUCAUUGCUCCUUACUUUGUUUACCUGGAUGCCUACGACAAAUACCUCCCGUAUAUCCUGAUGGGAAGCCUGACUGUGCUGAUGGGGAUCAUUACCCUGUUUCUCCCAGAGAGCUAUGGCAAUUCCCUGCCCGAGAACUUCGAGCAGAUGCUGAAGGUGAAGUGUUUCAGAAAUGGGCGACAAACCACCGGCAUUAGGAAUUCAAAGGAGAGUCCUAAAAUUCUGGUAACACCCUUGUGAAGAAGAACAUGUGCUCAGAGGGGCUGGAAGAAGAAUAAGACCUUCUCAGAAUGCAUCUUCUGCCAGAGAAAAACCCAACAGUCAAUGCUACUGCACCAUAGUUGUUUCCCCUGUGCUACUGUACCCAAAUACAUAGUUUACUAACAGGCUGUCUACUCCCAUAGGACUCUUGGUCUGUAAUUCAGUGUCCUGAUACUUGGGGUUUGUCAGCAGAUACAGCCCCUGCUGAGAAAUGGGGGCCCGACUGUGGUAAACACAAUUCAAGGAGUAAGCUAGAAAUGAGGAUUAGGAAUAGUACAGCAAUGACUCCAGUCAGUCGGGUACUCAAUGAAAGCUGCUUAAAGGAAAGAAAAGAUAGUGAAUGUAAUGCUGGUGGUUUUUCUCACUGCGUGUUGGCUGGAUGAAGGGGAGCUGGGGUCUGUCUCUGAAAACCUCAGCACAUGCCCCCAAAGGGGAGAUCCUCCUUUGAAAUCUGUGACCAAAGCCCGGUAGACUAAGUGGCGAUUUAGUUGUAGCAAAGCAGACAUACACUUCACAGUAAGGUUGUGGGGUUUGUACGAGAUGUCAAAGUACCUUUUGAUGUCGCUUGCUUUUCCCAGGAGCUGGGAUCCACUUGUCCCUUAAAAGCUGAUGCUUUUUCAUAAAGCCUGAGCCCACUGAAAUUCUUAGGCUUCAUGAAUGUUUGGUGUGUUUGUGGAUGGAUGGGGAAUCUUUAACACCAAAUGAGGACUACACCUUGCUGACCACCUAAGGGGCAGUGCCUGCUUUCAGAAGAAACAUGGGCUUAAGCAAGUCAAUGAUCCCAUCCAAACAGCUUUAGCUUUCAGGUGUUUCACGGUAUAUGGGCAUAAGCAGGUUUUUUUAGAUCUUUUGGGAUUGUGUUUUUUCCAAAGCUUUUCAUUUCUCCUUUGCAUAGAUACCUUCAGAGAAGGCUCAUUGCAGAUUCAAAAGCCUCUGCAAAAUCUUUGUACCAUUUACAGAUUUAAAGGGGAUUUGAUGCUCACAAAAAUCUGGUGUUCUGUUCUGGAGAUAUUCACCUGCAGCUAUUAAAAAACACAAAAGGGCUAGUUUGAGACCACAAAAAACCCCAAAACACUUCCAAAGCCAGUGUUUUGAUUUUCAAAUCCUACAGCUUAUGGAUGCACUUUUUUAAGUUCAGCAGCACCAGAUUGGAUGAAAACAAAUUUAGAGCUCAGAGUUGUGCUACUACUGUUUUAUGAACACUACAUAGUAGAAUACCUUUUAUUUUCCUAUUUAUUGGCUGUGCAGACACUUCUUGGCGACAUAAAGUCAGUCAGACCUUGUAGACUGAUUUUUAUCCACUAUAAAUAUCAAUUAGCCAUGAUUUGCCUUCUGUAAGGGCCAACAGAAGCAUUCUGUCUCACCUCUAAUGGCAGAGUCUGUGGCAAGUUGGUCUCGUGCUGGCACUGGGCACAGGAAGGAGGCUUUCCCUCCAAGUUCAAGCACAAAUAGAAAGCUUUAUAACAUGUAAGUGCAAGGAACUUGUGCAAUUAUUUCAGGCUGCUCUUUGGGAUGCAGAAAUACCAUUUACUUUCACAUUAAUUUGCUGCACUUAGGCUUCUGCCAUAAAUGUAACAUGAGGCAACCAUUAUCCUGUGACCCCUGAUGUUCUCAUCCCUUCCCAAG